AUGAGUAAAUUUAAGACUACACCACCACUUGUCAGUCUUUGUGCGGUAAAUACAGCUCAAGAAGUUGAAAUACGCCUUCAUGAACCUCUAAUUCAAAAACCAGGAUCUCAUAAAAAACGAAUAGGGCUACAGGUACUGAACGCGUUGGCAAGAUUAGAAGUGCUACUGAGUAAAGAGGAGGCACUUGCCAGUUCAGAAAACGCGGUGCAGCAUUUGGCACAGCAACAAUAUAACAAGACAGAAAUUGAAGCUGCACUGAAUGUCUUGGAGACUUCUCUAUUACAGUUUGAAGAGGAUGGGAUACCAAAAAAAGACAUUCAGACUUACCUGUCAGAAUUGGGACUUUCUGUACUUUUUCCGAAGUCAGCGAAGCGACUAGUUGUCAAUAACAUUCCUUCUGGAAAAGUUGAUGCACUGGAUGAACGUGCUCAAUCAAUUGGUUUCUAUUUCACUCCAACUCCAACAAGAUACAAAGCUUCGGAAUCACAAAUAUAUGGCGCAUCAGAUUGCACUCCUAUAUGUAUGUGUAAUGAUCAUGCUGGAGGUCAUUUUCUUAAAUAUAAAUCUCGUGUUGAAUUACAUUUUGACGGUAUAAAAGCUCUGACCAAUAAUUCAGAAAUUCCAAAGCUUACCACGGAGAAGAAAGAAUGGCUGUCCCAGGUGACUGCCGAUAUUGUUACGGAAGCAUUAUUUAGUGGCAGACCAGUGACUGCAAUGUCGCAACUACUGGCUACAUAUCUGAAUGAGAUUAGCGAAACGUCACCAAAGAUUGAUUAA